AUGCUAGUCACUGACAUGAGGCCUCUGUCAAUGGUUGAAGAUGACGGCUUCAGGACGAUGAUUCACACCUUCUAUCCUGGUUACACUCUUCCCUCAAGGACCCAUUUCACUAGGCUUAUGGAGAGAAAAUAUGAGCAGACAUUCAAUGCAGUGAAGACUGCUUUGAACAACGGCAACAACAGCAAACUUGCUCUCACCACUGAUGUUUGGACAAGUGUAGCCAUUCAGGCCUACCUUGGUGUUACUUGUCACUAUAUCACAGACGAUUGGGAAAUGAAGUCAAUUUGCCUCACUACCAUGCCACUGCAGGACAGACAUACUGGAUCCAACAUCGCCGAAUGGUUGGAAGAAGUUGUAGCCAGGUUUGAAAUCCCUCCUAGCAACAUCAUUGCCGUAGUCCAUGAUAAUGGUGCCAAUGUUGUGGCUGCGGCACGCAUCCUGGAGGAGAAGAAUGGGUGGUCCUCUGUGCGUUGCACUGGUCAUACCUUGCAACUUGUGAUCAAUGCUGCGUUAAAGCAUCCGAGCAUUGAAAAGGCUAUUGGGGCUGCAAGAUGUCUCGUGGAACAUUUUAAAAAAAGUGAGCUAGCCAGCGGUAAGCUACGAGCAAAACAACAGAUGGCCACACCUGAGCACAGCCUUGUUCAAGAUGUAAGCACAAGAUGGAACAGCACCUUUUAUAUGGUCAGUCGACUGAUUGAGCAAAGAUGGCCUGUAACAGCAACACUGUCUGACAUCUCUGUCACACAGAAAGGAAAAAGGUACCUUGAUUUGAAACCAGAACAGUGGAUCCUGCUAGAAGAACUUUUAAAAGCCCUAAAGCCUUUUGAAUGUGCCACUGUGUUCAUGAGUGCAGAGAAAUACACUACAAUAUCUGCAAUACCUCCACUUGUGAAGGGGCUAUUGAUGUCCACCGAGAGUGCUGCCUACGAGUCGGGCCCAUUGCACGCUUUUCAAGUCACUGCUACCAAUCAGCUCCAGGGGCGAUGGAAAAGGGAGACUACCUUUUCAGACACAGCAGCAAACACAGUGAUUCUUGCGUCAGCAUUUGACCCAAGGUUUAGGAAACUGAAGUUUCUUUCCCCUGAAGAAAUCCUUUGUGUUCAAAACAAAGUGCAAAGACUGGCGCUUGGAGAGAUGGAGAGGAAUUUGCAGCAGCCCGACACUUCCUCCGAUACAGCUUCUGCAUCAACACCUCCUACCACACUACUUGAUUCACUCCUUGGUUCCAGCAGUGAAGAAGGGGAUGGAUCAAGCGGAGAUGAUGAUGUCAACACAAAAGUACGGGAAGAAGUCCUCAGAUACUUUGAAGAAAAGAAACUUUCAAAGGAAGAAAACCCAUUGCAGUGGUGGAAAAACAACAUGGACAAAUAUCCGAUAAUGGCCAGGCUAGCCAAGUCCUACUUGUGUAUCCCUGGCACCUCAACACCAUCAGAGCGGCUGUUCUCUGCCGCAGGCAACAUGACUUCAAAGAAGAGAGCCAGCCUUAGCAAGGAGCAUGUAGACAUGCUUACAUUUUUGCAUUGCAAUGCAAAGUUCAUGCCUAAAACGGUUAACUGA